UAAUCACAAAAACAGAAGUCACAUUAAUAAUUCAUGCGAGUUUGUUUCAGGCUGGAUUGAGGCCACUGUUCUGUCUUUUCCAUGGAGUUUCUUAGGCAAGCAUCACCAUUAUUAUUGCUCAUCCGUUCAGUUGGGGGUUUGAACAAACCCCAAAUCCUGAGUAUUAAACUUCUGUGCAUGACUCAUCUCAGUCUGCUUGUGCUAAAGAUAUGAAUGAUUCCUUAAAACAUGAAGCUUGUUGGAGAUAGAUUUGCUUUGAUACUUUUAUAAGCACUUGUGAUUUUUCUGGCAGGUGAUGAAACAGGUGAAAAAAUAGACAAAAAAAUAAAGAAAAAGAAAAAAAGAGCCAAUAUGCAACUAUGUAAAAUUCCUGCACUGCUGUUGUGUAGCAACAUCCUGGCAACCAUCCAUGACACCCUAUCAAGGAAAGAAGUGCUGUGAAGGUUUUAAGUUUGUACUGGGACAGUGUAUUCCAGAAGACUAUGAUGUGUGUGCUGGCGCCCCAUGUGAACAGCAGUGUACCGAUCAUUUCGGCCGUGUGGUGUGCACCUGUUAUCCUGGGUAUCGCUAUGACCGGGAACAACAUAGAAAGCGUGAGAAACCAUACUGCCUGGACAUUGAUGAAUGUGCCAACAAUAACGAGACGGUGUGCUCACAGAUCUGUGUGAACACCCCUGGCAGCUACCGGUGUGAGUGCGAGAAAGGCUUCUACCUAGAGGAUGAUGGGAAAACAUGCACCAAGGGCGAGCGAGCUCCACUGUUUGAGAAAUCAGACAAUGUCAUGAAAGAAGGAACGUGCUCGGCCACAUGUGAAGACUUCCAUCAGAUGAAGAUGACCGUUCUCCAACUCAAACAGAAGAUUGCCGUAUUGCCAAGCAGCACAGAGGUCAAUAAACAGAUGACCAAUGAAAAGAUGAUGAUGACACAUUCGUUCUUACCUGGACCUCCAGGGCCACCUGGGCCUGCAGGGAGCCCAGGGCCCAGAGGUUCCCCUGGUCCCCCAGGACAAAUGGGGCCACCAGGCAUGCCUGGUCCCAGAGGCGACAUGGGGCCCAUGGGACCCUCACCAGACCUGUCGCAUAUCAAACAGGGACGCCGUGGCCAAGUGGGUCCACCCGGGGCUUCAGGGAGAGAUGGCAUGAAGGGAGAGAGAGGGGUCCCCGGCCCUUCCGGACCUCCAGGCCCGCCAGGAUCCUUUGACUUCCUGUUACUCAUGAUGGCUGACAUUCGUAACGACAUCGCAGAGUUGCAGAACAAAGUGUUCAGCAGACCAUUAUACUCCGUAGAGGAUUUCCCAUCUGCCCCGGACAAUUGGAGGGACACCCAGGAAAGCCUGGACUUUGGCUCUGGAGAAGACUACAAACCCCAGAUCCCGCCUAAGAGCACCAGGAAAAGGAAAUUGCCCCGGACCUUAAAUAAUCCAGAUUGGCCAAUUUAAAGAUUGCCCACAAAGAGUGCCAGAACUGAAAGAAAGAACUGAUUGUAGAGAGAAUGAGUAGUGUAAAUAUCACAGAACGACUAUUUAAUGUAUACUCGCUGAAAAAAGGCUGAAUGUAUUUCAUUGUAUGAAAUUUCUAUUUUUAUAAUAUAAAGGAUGUACAUUUUGUAUUUUGGGCAUUUUGAACGUGUCAUUUGUGUACCAAAUAACUAAUAGGUUACAUGUACCAUAGUUCUCUUGUUCUAGGGCCAGAUUUACGGAACAUUAAGAAUCAAAUUCUUCUUAACUGCUGAUUUCUUAUUUUCUAGCUUAAGAAAAAAAGUUAAGAAUAUUUUGUAGUUCCAAAAAUACUUCUAAAAAUAUUUGUAAGGUUUCUUAAGAUAGCACAAGAAGAAUUAAAAUUCUUUAAAACA